GUAAUCCUCCAUCCAAACCCAACAAAAAGACCUUAAAGCAGCGCUUCCUCAAACUGCUGCCCUGCUGUCGUUCUGGCUCCAGCUCUUCAGUUGAUCAAAGCAGCAUAGUUGAAGAUGGUGAACUAUCGACAGUGUGUUACAGACCUGAGGGACUUGACCGUCUUGUACAGCAGACCAAAUUCAGCAAAAAAGAGCUGCAGGUCCUCUACCGGGGAUUCAAAAAUGAGUGUCCGAGUGGUGUGGUGAAUGAGGAGACUUUUAAAAGCAUAUACUCCAAGUUCUUCCCUCAGGGAGAUUCAAGUAUGUAUGCGCAUUUCUUGUUUGAAGCCUUUGACACGCAGAACAAUGGCUCGGUCAGCUUUGAGGACUUUGUUAUAAGUCUGUCCAUCAUCCUGAGAGGCUCCAUCACUGAUAAACUCAACUGGGCCUUUAAUCUGUAUGAUAUCAACAAGGACGGCUGCAUCACCAGAGAGGAGAUGACAGAAAUAAUGCACUCCAUCUAUGACAUGAUGGGGAAGUAUACAUACCCCCACAUGAAAGAUAGUGCCCCGAAAGAGCAUGUUGACAGCUUCUUUCAGAAAAUGGACAAGAACAACGAUGGAGUGGUCACGAUGGAUGAGUUCUUGGAGACGUGUCAGAAGGAUGGGAACAUCAUGCAGUCCAUGCACAUGUUUGAUAAUGUGAUCUAAGCAUUGGUGGACAUAGACAGAAAACAGAUUUCCCACCUGUUUGGAGCUCUCGGCUCAAAUGCAGCUCAUCGCCAGCGUGGAUGAAUUUUCUGAGCUUCAACAGCGGUCCAAGGUUCAAGUAGCAGUGACCUAAAGAUACCGACCCCAAACACACAUUUUCUAAAAUACUUUUAAUGAAUAGACUGGGCAGAAUGAGUCAAGUGUUGAUGCAAAAUUACUUGACUUGUGGGAAAUGUGAGAUUUUAUUUUUUAUACUACACAUACGAAUGAAAGCGUUAAAGGUACGCCAUGUUGCAGUCUGACGAAAACAAGAAGCGCUAAUGAACAGUUUCCUCAAGAAAGCAGCAGAUAUGCACAACAAGCAGCUGCGAUUUUAACAUUUGAUGACGUUCUUUCUAAAUUAUGACUAUUACAAUAUUUCUCUAUUGCAUGUGUUUACACAGUAAAGUGAGACAGAGGCACCGGAUAUACAGACGUGGAACAAAUGGAAUAACUCUUAAAUGUUGUAAAGUAUCACACUCUCUCUAAUCACUCUUGUCCUGUAACAGAGGAUAAGAAGUUUGAAAUCAAAGCAAUAAUAAUAUUAUCAGUCCUUAUCUGUUCUCUGUGUUCUUAUGGAGCUCACCACUCACAUUUACUAUAAUUGUGCAUAUUGUGUGCAUGAUGUAUCUGUUUUCAUUGAAUAGUUUAAUGAAAGUGUUAAUAUAUUUUCUAUAUGGGCAUAGUAACGAUGGUGAGGAGGAAACUAAAAAUCACACAGUUGCUAUGCAAAAGCAAAAAUCAUUAAAUUACUGAAAUAUG